CUUACCUUGUACCAAAAUAAAUUCAGGGCUACGCUCGUUAUUUGCAGUGUAUGAUUGUAACACUAAAGUUCUGUGUUGUUACAACUGCGAGAAAAACAUCUUUGUCCUCCAGUGUUUGAGAAUACUUUUACCUGUGAUAUAUAUUUGGUAUAUAUAUAGAUAUAAAUAUACCUGUGGCUGGUAUGUGUAUUCUCAGUACCUAGCGGUACGACCAGGAACAACAGGACAUAGUCUGUGAUCGGAGGUAAACAUUUCUGUGUUGGGAUCUAUACCUAAAGUUUUCUACAUAUAACAUCAUGCCAGUUGGAGACCAUAGGCGAGGGACCCAUGAUCGUGGUCGCCAUGGACACGACCAUGCUGCUACCAAGGCAACAAGUAAACCAAGGAGGCCAUCUUCUUCCGCCAGCAACCGGAAAACUUCGGUUGCAUCACAGAGGGAUGUCGUGAAAUCAGCGAAAAGUGCCGAACAGGACCGACAAGUCACGAAGUCUCCCGACGAACUGGAAUUGAGAUCUCUCACUAACGAUUCCUUAGCGACAAAGGAAGAGGAACUGGUUUAUCCGAAUGGGCAAAUUGAUACAAACAACGACACGAAAACGGAAGAAAGUGGACACACAUCUCCUGAACCGGAAAUGAAAGAGGAAAAAUCGGCAGAAAAGUGGGCAGAAAAGUCUACAGAUGAAUACAAUAUCCGAUCUUUCAAUGAUAACAUCCUUGAAUUCACAGAAAUAUUCGAUAACGACAAAUUCAGAACCGUCGAUUCUGCCUAUCCAGUUGAAGAUCUUAUUUCUGUCGUAAACUCAGUUUCUACUGCGAUUGAUGAAUUCAAGGAGCAGACUCUGGCUUCACAGUCGAAGCUGGAGGGACUCCGAGAGAAGAUGAAGGAGGUGAAAGAGGCCAUCCACCACAACAUCGCCAAAAACGCCGUGCAGCUUCCAGAUGAUGAAGUAGGCGUCGAGGAACGUGAGCUGACUGAGAAGCUAACUCGCCUAAAUGCGGAAGUCGCUAAGGCUAAUGCUGACCUGUCCGAGGCACUCCGAUUGUCGGCCGAAACCGAAAGCACAGCCGUAAGGGCACAGCUAGCAGCAGAGAGGGCAAAGGAAGAGGCAAAACGAAUAGAAGAGGAACUCGAACUGAAGUCCAAAGUAGAGGCGAAACGAAAAGUUGAACACCAGAAGAAGAUGGAAGCACUUCAAAAACAAAAGGAAGAGGAAGAUCGCAUGGAAUUAGAAGCAAGAAAACAGAAAGAGAUAGAAUGGAAACGAAAGGAAAUGAAUUCUGGUGAAAAAGGACCUGUUUGGGAAAAAUGGCCAACACACGAAAUAAACAUUGUGAGCGACGCCCAUGAGAUUGGUGUUGGUUGCAUGGUGCGAGGAAAUCCGUCUAAAUUUGACCAAUCACAGCUGGAGUUACAAGUCGUUGACCAGAUGCAAUGUAGAAUUGCAUAUGAAACACAAGAGGAACUGGUCAGCUGUGUCCUGACACUGACCAACAAAGCAAAUGACCAACAACAGUUCGAGGAGCCUAUAUUUGUAGCUGUCCCGUUCCAACUGUCUCGUUCAUCCGCGUCAUCAAGGGAACCGUUCAUCAAAGCGGAAAUAAAUGGUGAAUGGAAGGAAAUUCCAUCCCGGGAGGUCACUUUUGAAAACUUUAAGGAUGUGAAGUUUGCCCAAGCAGAGAUUAAGGGGCAGACAACUCUAGCUGUCAUGACAAGGUACAAGAGAGAUUAUGUCACUCUUUCGAAGCGGCCAGCAAAGAUAGUGUCGUCAUAUGAUCACCGCGUGACUCUCACGCUGCAAAAAGACACCUUCAACACGAAAGAGCUCUUCCGAAUGCAGGUCCAGCCCGUUGACUCAGCUACUAUUAAUGACAUGCAAACAAGACGGAGGGAGUGUAAAGGUUUGCUAACCUCCAGCCCCAUUAUACACGCCGACUGGGAGACGAAUAGCUUUGCUAAACCUAUUACGGUGACCCUUCCCUGUCCUCCAAACCCCGCCAAGGCCAGAAAGCUGGCACAAAUACGAAAGAUGAAGGAAGAAAAGAUGAAACAUCCAGUAAAGGCUCAGGUUAUUGAUUACGAGAAAGAGGCUAGGAAAGAGGAACAGAAGAAAAAGGCCCAGCAGCAGAAAGAGGCUCAGAUGACGGAAGAGGACAAAGUGACUACAAAAUGGUACAUGGGAGAGUAUGGACAUAACGACGACGAUGAGAACGACCUGUUACAUUUCCUGUCCAUGUCCCACACCGGUAAAUGGACGUUUCACCCGGAAAUCAAUGUACAGCAAGUGAAACUAGACCUCCUCCAGUUCACAUUAACACAGCCGUUUGAAAGGUUUAUUGUACUACGCACACGCACAAACAUCGCAGAGGAAAACACCCCUCCAAUCGCAUCUGCGAUUUUUGAGUUUUUGUCCAAGCGAUUUGCACAGGUCAUUGUUAAACAAAGGAGUGACGAUCCGUUCGACUGCCUGAUAAAUGUUGUGCCUGUUUCAAAAACCCAAAAGGUUCUCAAACGUCUCCAUGAAUCAGGAUAUGACGACGGACCGGAUCCAAGCAGCAUCGUGAAUAUCAACGAGGGUGAUGUAAUCGAAGUAUCCUUUCGCGGAAAUAUCACGAACUCGAAAGAAAAAACCCUUCGACUGAGAUACAAUUCCAACCUAAAGUCUGAGAUUGCAUUUUAUGCUUCGGAAGUGGAUCAGUAUUUACAGAAAAAUUUUAACGUUUUCCGAGGAGUUGUUCAGUUGGAACGCUGUUACGUCAUCAAGCCAGACCGAAAGUUAAAACGCUCGCCUUCUGUGGUCGAUGAGAGUUCUGUCCAAAGCGCACAGGAUACCAAGAAGGAGCUCCUCUGUGAGAUAUCCAUCAACAUUCCAAAGUAUCACAUUGAGCCUGCUUAUAUGCCCGUUGCCGCUCCUGUUACCAUCAUAACAACCACAGACCCCGUCGAUGAUGGUCUCAUAAGGGAUCUUGCACGUGAUAUGGGUGAUGAAUGGAAGAAAGUCGCUCACUCGCUGAAUGUCAGCCGCGCAAGAAUACAAGCUAUCCUGCGGAAUGUCCAAGUGAGUGACAGGUCGGAAGAGGAUGCGCGUUACGAGAUGUUGCUGAACUGGCUAAAGAAAAUGCCAAAAUCCACUGAUAAGGUCGCAGUGCUUAGUAAUGCCUUAAUUAAAGGCGGACGUGCAGACCUCGCGGAAGAUGUCAGAUCAAAGUGGCGGCAUUUCCAAAGUACACAUGGAGUAAAAGCCUGCUGAGCCAGGACAAAGGUCAUCGCCUUGGAUACGAUGUAGUCAUAAGGGCAGAGGUCACCUCCUUAGAAACGAUAUAGUCAUACAAACUUCAUCAAUAGAUGAUACCAUAGAUAUAUAUACGUGCAUCUCUGGUCAUUCACCCAAAGUGACCUUGAUAAACUUUCAGAUUGACUUUCUCAGAGGUCGAUAAGGCGAAGAAGUCAGGUAGUAGCACUGUAAUGGAAUGUACAAAUAUAUCUUUUAUCUAUUGAUCACCAAUACGGUUCAAGUAGACCUAGUUCAUCCUACCGAUAGUAAAAUGACAUUCUCAGUCCAUGUACUUAAAAUACUAAAAUUAUGUUGAGGUACAAACUAACUUCCGUGGAUACCCCGUCUGAGGCCUCCAGCACUCAAGCGUUUCAACUAAAUUUGUGGUACUUGUGAAACUGAAAACAUUAUAUCUGUCAAAGGUCAUAUCUAGAAAAUAAAAAUUGUUUAUUUUUAAAGUUUUCAUAGACAGUGAUACUGUGUGUUAAAGACCGGUGGGUUGGAAAUGCUACCAGUAUUGAAACAGGUUCAUAACAUUUAUUUAUAUUCUGAUGUAGAAAAAAAAAAUACUGUAAACAUAUCAGACCCUUUAUGUUAUCAUGAACACAGAAUUAGCCAUAGAAAACAGCGCAAAGAGGUUCAAAUUAGCACACACUAUAGUUUAGCGCGGUGUUUACAGUGCAAAAUUAGCUACAAGUAUAACCUCUAAUGUGUUGUUAAUAUGAACUUGAUUGUUGAUUACCUAACAUAACAAUGUUGGGUUGGGUCACAUAACCCUACAAGGUCUUCGUCCAAGAUUUCGUAAUAGGGUGCCUUAUCAUGUAUUCAUUUAUUUAUAUUAUAUAGGUCUAUACAUGCAUGUUUUUAUGUUUCAUGAAAGGAACCAGCCUCGUUUACAUAUGUUCCUUUACAAGUAGAACUGUUUUAGUUUAAUAUAUAUUUCAUGUACAAUAAUAUAUUAUUGUAUUUUCCGUCCAAAAUAUGUUUCGUGUUAAAUUGAUGCAACAUUCUAACCAGAUAAUAAGAAUGACAGGUAUGAAACCUAAUUGGUUAAUUAAAUUCAGAAUAUUUUAUUUAUGUUUUGUACAUAUAAAGUGAAUUUUUUCUCAUAUAAAACGUUAUGCCCUAAGAUAUGUAUUUAUUUCCUUCUUUAUUUAAAGACUAUUUUGGUUUGUUUUUACAUUAUGAGCCGGUAUCAUGCUAUGAUAUAAUUUCCAUUCGUACCGUGGAUUUUCAAACUACAUCUAAAUAACAUGUAUAUCACUCAGUAACAAUUCUUAUCAUUGGAAACAUACGUUUUAAGUUAUUUGAAAUAAAUACUAACAUAAAUUCUAGAAUUAUAACUCCAUAUCGAUGGUGUUAAUUUUGAGAAAAUAGUGUUGUUGUUUUUUUGUUUGGUAUGUUGUUGUUGAAUCCUUGCAAUAUAUUUGUAGAUCUUACAAAAGUUCCAUUAAAAUUUGGAGCAUGUUUAAUUGAGUUUAAAUCAGAACGAAUCUUCUCUGUCAUAUUUCUGUUUAUGUGAGUAUUGGUGAUCAUUUUACUACUACCCCUUAAAUGCCUGCUGAAAUAGUGUAUUGUGUAUUUGAUCUAGUAUAUGUAUUCUUUCAGCGUCUUUCCCAAUUACGUCGAUUUAAUUAAAUGUGCAUUAUCAUAUCCGUCCAUAUAUAUAUAUUUGAUACAUUUGUACAUAAUAAAUCUAAUUAUCAAC